CCACGGUGUCCCCUCCACCACCUCACCUUUUCUUGCUAUUUGUUCCUCACUAUCUCUUCUAAUGAUUGAUACCCUGUGAUCCUGAGAUUGGCGAUGGUGUAACUCUAAUUCGUGCGCAACAAGCGUUCCAUCCCUACGAACAUCGCCUCUAUGCGAGCGGUACUGCCGGGGAGGCCCCCAACGAAGCUCCAGUCGUUCAGCACUGCGCUGUGGGAUGGACUUCGAGUUGUUGUGUACAUUUCUGGUCAAGCACUGGUUAUCCUCGGCGGUCCGCACAAGCUCCUGCAAACCAUCUAUGUCGACGAUACCGAUGUCUUGGAAGCAGUAACGAUCGAUGAAGUUACUGGCAAGAUUGCCGCAUGCGGUGGACCCGACGUCUUUAUAUACCAACCAUAUGGGAUCCAAAACGAAACGCUCAAGUGGUCCCUAGCCCAAACGUUCCGCAGCGAGGAUGACGACGAAACGAUCCGUACCCUGUCGUGGGGCUCACCUGAUGAACUGCUCCUGGGCAAUUCCCACCUUACCCUCUGGUUUCUCAACGAUCAGCCGCGACCGGUGUGGAAACAGGGACUGGCGAGCACUGUCAAGUUCGCCCAGUUCUCUCCUGACGCGACACUCUUGGUAACCGCCGGACACUACGAUCGCAUGGUGAAAGUUUGGCGAAGGCUGAAUUUCGGUAAUAACAUUCGAUUUGAAGUGUCUUAUCUCCCGCAUCCAACGAUUGUUACUGGGAUUCACUGGCGCAGACCCUAUCAUCGGGAGCAGUCAAUGGGAAAUGUCUUCUAUACGCUGUGUGCGGACAACAAGAUCAGGGUAUGGGCAACGAUAGAUUAUCAUGCUCCGACCGCCUUACAGCUUUGGACGCAGAUUGAUAUGGGCGCCUCUGUUCAGCCGAGACAUGCAACAGAGACUACAGAUACAUUUCGCCGGUACGGCUUCAUAGUUGACAGUCGGGAUUUCUGCGUUGCGACUGAGAAGGCUGUGCAGCGGGGCACAGGCAACGCAGAUAACCACGCCCUAGAGCAUAUAAUUGAAGUGGCAAACAAGAGCCCGGAGAUUUGCGUCGUUAUAGAUGGCGAGGGGCACAUGUCGGCCUGGGCGUUGCAAGAUGUCGGAUCUAAGGCCAAAGCGGAAUUGAAUGUGUUCAACAUUCUUCAUGUUGAGGGCCUGAAUUUUGCAUUCAUGCCCGGUCUGACGAUUGAAGAGGAUUAUGCGCAGCUGUGCGCCUUUCAAGGCACUGAGCCAGGCGAUUCAAUCGCCAUUCUAAUUCACCAUUUUGAUGGUCGGAUUGAGUGGUUUGAUUCGCCGGUCGACGUUCUAUUUGACCCAGCACCUCGUAAGAACCGAGUUGCCAUGAGAGCGUCGUGGACAGGACACAAUGGACCGAUCAAGAAGAUUGUUCGUAAUGCUAUUGGAGACACUCUUGCCUCCCGCACGGAUGACAGCAAAGCAUUGAUAUGGAGGCAGAAACAGCGAGCUGGUGGAUCAGUGCUUCUUCGACAAAGUGCACUGAUAGCAGAAGAGCAUAUCCACCGCAGCUGUGUCGUCGGAGAUGGAAACUACCUGGUCAAUCUCCAUCAUGAUGGAAUCUCUAUUUGGGAUAUCCGUUCUUUCCAUGCCAGAAGGCUUGCGGCUGCGCGAUUCGAAUUAUCCAGCAAACCACUCUGUGUUUUGCCGAUCCCUACUGCGGAAGCAAAUGGCGUCGUGUAUAUAGCAACCAUUGCAGCUGGUAUGGAUGGGAUAGCCUGGGAGAUACAGCUUCCGAACACGAAACAAGGGGAGUCUGAGUGCAGAUUGCGCAAGUUCUGCACUUUUCAUCUGGGCCUCGAAGAGGACAUCGCGUAUAUAUUGCCUGUUGAUCCAGCUGGGCGCGAAGCUGAAAUGACAGGCUUCUUCGACCUUUUCUCGCCUGAUAUUGCGCUUUCGUAUACCGGGAACGGUACCGUCAGGACAUGGACAGCCAAGGUUGAUAGGGACAAUGACCGUGUCGAAUGGCUUUUGACAUCUACUGUUGAAACCGGCAUCACAAACCUGUCUUUGGCUAGCGGCAGCUCCAUUCGCAAAGCUGCCCUUGUCGACGAGGGUCGCACGCACCUGACUAUCUGGGAUACCAACGAUGCGCAGCUGGAAUUUGAAGAGCACUUUUCGCAACAAGACUCUAUUCGUGACCUCGAUUGGACAUCUACCCCAGACAUGCAAUCUAUUCUUGCAGUCGGAUUUCCCCAUAAAGUCAUUCUUCUCUCUCAGCUACGUUAUGAUUAUCUUGAUUCCCGUCCAUCCUGGACACAGAUCCGAGAGAUUUGGAUUCGAGAUCUCACACCGCAUCCCAUUGGGGACUCCUGCUGGCUUAGCAAUGGCCAUCUUGCUAUCGGAGCCGGGAACCAGCUAUUUAUUUAUGAGAAUGAGAUCAGUGCUGCUGAUCACCUAAUAUCGCAGCUUCGUAUACCUGCUCGGGGCCAAUCUACAGUUGACUUAUUUGAGGUCGUGAGCAGACUGAACGGACCGUUACCUGUCUUCCACCCACAAUUCCUAGCCCAGUGUAUACUGAGCGGAAAAACAAACCUGGUGCACUCCAUUUUAUUAAACCUUCAUCGAAAACUGAAAUUCUACACCGAAGGAGACGAUGUCGACGGGUUUCUGGAAAUGCCUCUGGAAGACUUUUAUUUUGAGCAUGAUACUCCGCAACGCGCAACAUCGAAAGAACUCAAUUCGUCAUAUGCCGACCUUUCAUUGGAGGACGAAGUGACGGUGGUGGAUGAGAAUACAGCUGUGGCGCUCAACGAGAACUUGGCACGAUUUGCCUUGCCGCAACUGUCUAGCCAAGAACAAUUCCGGCUUGUUGAUACCAUUGAAUGUGUGGCUACCGUUGAGAAACACCGACGCUCAAUGGACGACAACGCCGCUCGAUAUCUCCUCUUCUUCCGGCAACAUCUGCUGCGCAGGACUCAGGGAGUAGCCACCAGGGAUACAGUGUCAUGGAGAGAGAUUGUGUGGGCUUUCUUCAGCGGAAGCCAGGAUAUUCUCGUUGACUUAGUCUCGCGACAGUAUAGUGGGAAGUUGGUCUGGAAGUCAGCUCGUGAAAGCGGGAUUUUUAUGUGGCUAUCCAGCGCCGCUGCCGUGCGCGCUCAGUUAGAGGUUGUUGCUCGGAAUGAGUACACCAAAACCGAGGAGAAGAACCCGGUCGAUUGCUCUUUGUACUAUCUUGCUCUCCGGAAGAAGAAUAUUCUCCAAGGACUCUGGCGCAUGGCGCAUUGGCAUCGUGAGCAAGCUGUAACGCAACGCUUGCUAUCGAAUAACUUCGACGAACCGCGGUGGAAGACAGCCGCCCUGAAAAACGCAUAUGCUCUACUUGGUAAACGGAGAUUCGAAUACGCUGCCGCCUUCUUUUUACUUGCCGGGCACAUACGUGACGCUGCGCUUGUUUGUGUGAAUCAAGUGGGCGAUCUACAACUUGCGAUCGCGAUAACCCGCGCUUAUGAAGGUGAUGAUGGGCCCGUUCUCAAGGAGCUUCUUGAGGACAGAGUGCUUCCUGAGGCUACUGCCGAUGGCAAUCGAUGGAUGGCAUCUUGGGCUUUCUGGAUGUUAGGACGUCGUGGAAUGGCCGUUCAAUCGCUUAUUUCGCCCAUUGAAUCGCUGAUACUUCCUACUCCCUCUUCACCUGGAUCUCCAGGAAUGAUUCCACUUCAGGCCAAGUCGUAUCUCUCGAAUGACCCUGCCUUGGUCCACCUUUACAAACAACUCCGCGAGAAGACCUUGCAGACACUUAAGGGUGCAUCGAAAAUCUCACCGCAGGCGGAAUGGAAUUUUGUAAUCCGCAACGCCCGCCUAUAUGACCGCAUGGGCUGUGACCUUCUCGCACUGGAUUUAGUUCGACACUGGGAGUUUUUGGGUGGACUACCCAUUCCCAAACCGACGAAAGCCAUACCAAUGGAUCUGCAACAGGAGGAACCUGAUUACCGCAAGUUGCUCCGACGGCGGAGUAGUCUCGUGGUGGCAGACUUGCCGGUCAAGGAGCGCCUGGCACUGAAACCGCAACCCCUGGCUGAGUCGCAAAAGACACCGAAACCGCCCCCAACGAUGUUCCACGAACCUGACGCAAACUCCCUCCUCGACAGCUUUGGCUUUUAGUUCAUGCUUAACAGCUAUGGGCGUUAUGCUACGCGCUUAAGCAUUACAUUGUACAGAUCGGUCGCCUGUGGCUUCCGAAGAUUCGCGUUUAUCUUUGUUGAGUUGUUCAAAAAUGAAUGGGGAAGAAUUGCCGCGUCUGCAAUACGUGUAUUCUAAAGAUCGACCUAAAUCCGAGCCUGGAAAGGCGGCCGUGAUGUAAGAUGAUAGCUUUUGUUCAACUCUCCAAGCUCUAUGAUACAUAACAUUCUAUUUAUCUUCUCACACUGUACCCUCUCUCGACGCCACACUAUAAACGAAUCGCUAAACAUCGGAGACAAUAUGAAUAAGU